AUGCCGGAGGUCUGUGUGAUUAUCCCGCGGUAUGACCGCACUCUACAGCUCUCGUUAGCACUGCUUGUCAAAGAGCGAGCCCUCAAGUCUCAAGGGCUCCACACUCCCCAGGGGUUCUUGAGUCAGACACCACAUUGUUUUCUAGGAGGAUCAUCAGCUCCUAGGAAACUGCUUCAUGCCAUCUCCGAAAAGGCCUUCAUUUGGGAAGGUGAUAAAGAUGUGAUGCUGAAAAAAGAAAUGGCUCUCUUGGCCAGAGCAGAGCACACAAUGAUUCCCACUGUUGGACGAACACGGUUGGAUCUGUCUCAUGAAGAAAGCUCCUAUUACCACCCACGAACUCGUCCACAGGUCCUGGCUCUCCGCAGAAGCUGCUUCUCGAUCCCUGUCCUCCCCUCUUGUCCUCUGCUCACCUCCACUGGGGAACACGCCACUUGGAGGAGGGAAGCGCCCCUUCCCCAGCAGCAGCAGCAGCUGGAGGUCCUGACCAGUCCCUUACGUCUAGCCUUAGUGAACAUUGCCAAGCAUUUCAGAGGAACCAUGAAACAUCCCUUAAUUUUCAGUGACCGUAAAGUUACUCUAAACAAUGAUUUCGUAACAAUCAAGUCCCGAGAUAUGGGAGAAAUGUAUUCUAAUGUAGACAAGAAAAGAAUCUCAGAUUUUUCUCUAGUUUCUUGUUGCCUUCCUACGUUUGUCUCCCCAGUGCACCCCAACGUCAGUCAAGGCUGUCAAGGAGGCUGUGCGACAUGUUCUGACUACAAUGGAUGUUUGUCAUGUAAGCCCCGACUAUUUUUUGUUCUGGAAAGAAUUGGCAUGAAGCAGAUAGGAGUGUGUCUCUCUUCCUGUCCCAGUGGAUAUUAUGGAACUCGAUAUCCAGAUAUAAAUAAGUGUACAAAAUGUAAAGCUGAUUGUGAUACCUGUUUCAACAAAAAUUUCUGCACAAAGUGUAAAAGUGGAUUUUACUUACACCUUGGGAAGUGCUUUGACAGUUGCCCAGAAGGGCUGGAAGCCAACAACCACACCAUGGAGUGCAUCAGCAUUGUGCACUGCGAAGCCGGUGAAUGGAGCCCUUGGAGUCCAUGCACCAAGAAAGGGAAAACAUGCGGCUUCAAAAGAGGAACUGAAACUCGGGUCCGAGAAAUCAUCCAGCAUCCUUCAGCAAAGGGUAACCUGUGUCCUCCUACAAGUGAGACGAGGAAGUGUACAGUGCAGAGGAAGAAGUGUCAGAAGAGAGAACGAGGAAAAAAAGGAAGAGAGAGGAAAAGAAAAAAACUGAAUAAAGAAGAAAGCAAAGAAGCGGUUCCUGACAACAAAGGUCUGGAAUCCACCAGAGACAGCCCAGAAAACAAAGAACGAGAAAACAAAGAGAAACAGCAGCAGAAGAAGCGAAAAGUCCAAGAUAAACAACAGAAAUCCGUGUCGGUCAGCACUGUGCACUAAAGGGUCCCAUGAGAGCAGUGCAGACCUGGACGCUGCUGUUCCAACCGGACGCCCAGGAGAGGUGCCGUAGCCGUUAGGACCACAGUCGGGCGACAUAGCAGUUACUCCUCUGCCCGGGCAGUGUUCCAAAUAGUUGUAUAUUCUUCAUGCAGGCAUAGCUAACAACAAAGAGCCAAAAGUUCAAAGAAGGGUUACUUUCACACGGUUAUCUUACGUGCUUCUGUGCAUUUUUAGAAGACAAGAAAUUUUGUACAUAACUAUCAAUAAGCUAUAAGCUCUCAUCAGCAUAAUGAUGACCUCUGGAGAAGAAACAUCUUUUCCCUAUUAAAAACCUAUUUUCUCAGCUAUUGUUUUAAGAAGUGAAAGAUAAUGCUGCAAAUCCAAAGAGGCAGUAUCCCUUCCAACAAAUGAGAGACCCGGGAGAGGAACACCACUCCAAGCACAGUGUGAUUUUUGUCGGGGGGGAUCCAGAGAGCUCACAGUUAGGGCCUGGCAUUUGGAAUCAUAGGAUCUAUCAUCGCAGAAGCAACUUCAUCCUCGAAGUGUUAAGAUGACUCUGUCGCUCUCAUCCUGUGCUUCUGCAAGCAACACAAGAGUGUGUAGAUCAGAGUUCAGUAUUCUGUGUGGGAUUGGAGGAAGGCAAAAGGUGGACGAGUCAGAGUUGGAGAUUCCUUCUGUGCUCCACAAAACUGAAGGGUCGUGACCCUUGGGAGAAUUCUCCAACCUAUCGCAGCAGUUGGAUCAGCCCCUGCUGCCCUUGGGACUACCUAAGUCUGUAAACAUGUGCCUGUAACUUUAUUCUAAAAACAGAAUCAUACUUAUUAGAAAGAAAUUCUGAUUUAAUAGAAAACAAAAAAAUAGUGCAAGGAGAAUAUACCGUGUUUGCAAGUCAUGUGUCUCCUUUCUCUCUCCGUGAGGGAAAAACAGUUUUAUUACCUGCUUACUGGUCCACCUGGAACUAAAAGGAAUACUACUUUCUAACAAGGUGUGUCUAGUAGGGGAGAGAGCCACCAAAAUAAAUAUAUUUGUUAAUAGUU